AUUGAAAGCCGCAGAGCACCGCCCGUCUGGAGUGUUAGAGGGUUAAAAGCGAGCAAUCCUCAAUAGGAUUUUCUUCGUAUGAAGUCGUAUGAUUUCCUCACACAUCCGUGAAGAGAGAUCUAGAGAACGUUUUUGCUACAUUUUUUGUCACACUGUGAUCUAGAAUCAUGGUCAAACGGAGUGUAUCUUCACUCGUCCAAAUUGGAAUGGACUUUUUCGAGUUUUUAAACGAGACCAAAAGGACUUCCAUCACAGACAGACUCCAGCUUAGAGACAUUUACAAUAAUGAGUUCAGGUGCAGGAAUCCAGGAAUCAAAGAUCCAAACUUUGGUUCAGUAAUUUACGCCCUCAAAGUGUGUAAAAUGGUAAAAAGACGGCAAGACAACAUAAAAUUCACUCCAAAGGUCAGAGCUCAAUACCUGAACCAGUGGUGCACACCCAAGACCCAGAACCCACCACCUGAGCCAAGCAGGUCAGAUAGCAUUGAUGCCUCAACAGACACCAAGUCAGCAGAUGAGGCAGUGACCGGAGUCAGAGCCAGGAGAAAAUUGGCCAGUGAGCUGAUGAGCAUACUGAAGGUGGAAAGGUAUCUUUCCAUGUUGCUCUCUGAUAAACAUGGUAUCAGCAUCACUUCUGACUGUCCGUUUGAGAACGGCAAACUUGUCCUGUGUGUGAAAAACACAUAUGAGUAUACAGUCAAGCUGAAUGUGGAAAACACAGGAGAUCAGCCUUUGUAUUUUACUUACUACACACCACUGCACUGGCUUAGGUGCUUAACUCUACGUGAUGAAAAAAGGGUGACCAGACUGCAACCCCUACUUCUAAAUCCAGGUGACAGCUAUGAAGUCGAGGUCAGUUUCCAAUGUAGUCUGGUUGGGUUUUUUCCAGCUACACUGGCAUUUGAAUUCAAACCAGACUUGGAGCCAACCACUGCUGCCUUCCAUAUUGUGCGGAUCAUCGAGGCUCAGUGUAUAACUGAUUUAGGACUGGAGCUGGCCCCUAUAGCGCCCUUCAAGCCUCGCUGCCUCCCUGACUGGAUCCCAGAACCUGAUUGCAAGAUUGAGGAUGGGCAGCCACCUGAGAGACUCGCUGUGAUGCAACUGGAAAAUGUGGUUCACUUAAAAAAGUACCCGACACCACCAUACAUGAACGACCUCAUUCAGCUACUGAGGAAACCUACUCACCCGUCUCGAAACUUUCUCGCUAAUGAGAAAAGUCAUUUGUUGGAGAGACCUUUGUGUUGGGACAAUUAUACUGAGAAGUUCCAGUUGUUGCUGUAUCUGGAGGAACUUCAGAUGGUGUUUGAUAUCAGAAGAUACAACAUUCCCAAUGACGACAGAAAACACGCUGAGCUAGCAAGAGACACAACCAACCGGAAGCUUCUUGUUCUAGAGGUACCUGGUGUCUCUGAGAACCGACCCUCUGUGCUGCGGGGGGAUUCGCUGCUUAUGUACCCGCAGGGAGAAAAGGGGGUGAAAUACCGUGGAUAUGUUCAUGGUGUGCAGCUGGACAGCAUCAGACUGGGCUUUUGCCAAAAAUUUCUAGAUCUAUAUGUCAAAGACUUCAGCUUUAUUGAAGGAAUAAAGUUCAAUGUUGAGUUUACCAUCAAUCGUCUACUUGUGCAUCUCCAGCACAGAGCUGCAGAACUUGCAAGGAGCCAUAAACUGAGGAGUGUGUUGUUUCCUGUUGAACCCACUUUCUCAUGUGGAAAACCUGACCUCCCCAAACUCAAACUGUUUGACUACCAGCUGGAGAAAAACCCUGAGCAGUAUCAAGCUGUUCAGCACAUUGUAGCUGGGUCAUCCAGACCUGCUCCCUAUCUUGUGUUUGGUCCACCGGGAACAGGUAAAACUGUCACUGUUGUGGAGGCCAUCAAGCAGAUAGAGAAGACCCAGACUUCCUGCCACAUUCUGGCCUGUGCUCCCUCCAACAGCGCUGCUGAUCUGCUGUGUACCAAGAUUCGAGAGCAUGUAGACGCGCGCAAUGUCUACCGCAUAUACGCAAGAAACCGUGACCCAAAACUCGUCCCUGAGCAACUUAAGGCGUGCUCUAACCUGGAAGGAGAUUCUUACCGUUUUCCUCCCAAAGAGAAACUGAUGGAGUAUAAAAUUGUAGUCACCACCCUUUUAACUGCUGGAAGGCUUGUGUCAGGUGACAUUCCCUCUGGACAUUUCACCCAUGUGUUUGUGGAUGAGGCAGGACACGCUGUAGAGACUGAGUGUUUAGUCCCCCUGGCAGGAUUGCUUGAUGCUGAGACUGGACAGCUUGUUCUAGCUGGAGAUCCCAAGCAACUUGGACCCAUCCUCAGAUCUCCUUUUGCACUGAAAUACGGAAUGGGAGUGUCCCUCUUGGAGCGCUUGAUGACUGAUUUCCCACUGUACCAAAAGAAUGAGGGUUUCUACAACAACCUCUAUGGCUUCCCAGUGAUCUUCCAUGGGGUUAAAGGUCUUGAAACCCGCGAGUCCAGCAGCCCCUCAUUCUUUAAUGUUGCAGAAAUAGAAGUGCUCAUGGAGUAUGUCAAAAAACUGUUUCAGACACAGGGGAAGAAAGGGCUGGCUAAAAUAGCCCCAAAAGAUAUAGGCAUCAUCGCCCCCUACAGAAAGCAGGUGCAGAAAAUACGCAAAGCCUUGGAAAAGGUUGGGAAAGACUUAAAAGUUACUGACAUGGGUGAUCUUAAGGUCGGUUCAGUCGAGGAGUUUCAAGGACAAGAGAGGAGAGUAAUCCUGGUGUCCACAGUUAGAAGCAGUCCCAGAUACUUUGAUAUUGACAAAAACUUCAGCCUGGGCUUUGUCAAGAAUGAGAAGAGAUUCAACGUGGCUGUGACUCGAGCCAAAGCUCUGCUGAUCGUGGUGGGAAACCCCCUGGUAUUGAAUGCAGAUUCUACCUGGGCCCGCUUUAUCGAGUACUGCAAAGAGGAAGGAGGCUAUGAGGGCUUCACGCAUGCUGAGGAAGAUGAGGGGGAGAUCGUAGCCAGAUUUUGGGCUGAACUACAUUUCUGA